CUAUCUACAGACGUCUGUUCUCUAUCUAAAGAGGUCUGUUCUUCAUCUGCAGAGGUCUGUUCUUCAUCUACAGAGGUCUGUUCUCUAUCUAAAGAGGUCUGUUCUCUAUCUAAAGAGGUCUGUUCUUCAUCAGAGGUCUGUUCUGCUGGUCACCAUGAUGGAGAGAGUUCACCUGCUGCCUCUGCUUCUCACGCUGUCAGUCACAGGUGUUUGUCCCAAAAGUGAGAUAGAUGUACGUACUGUACAUGCAGGUGAGAUGGAAGUGCUGACCGACAGCAGGUCUAACCACAGCGAUGCCAGACGGGUCUGGACCAGCUACACCAGCCGGGGCACGGAGGAGAUCAGCAGCAUGUCUUCAGCCCAGCAGAGGCUCAGAGCUCUGCUGCUUCAUGGGGGGCACCUUGUUAUUCUAAGAGCCUCUAGAAACCACGAGGGGAAUUACUCCUGCUCUCUGAGGACUGGCAGCCAGUUGUGGUUCCGGCUGGUGGUACAGACAACACAGUCCAGAGAGCAGAAGAAGCAGAGCCAGUACUCUAAAACAUGUUUUGCAGAAGAGGCCUGCAGUUUGAAUUGCCCUGAAGUAAACACACCUGCUGCAAACAUCCCCAAUAUUACCAGCAACGGCAUCAUAUGGAACAAGGAGGGCGAGUUGUCGAAGGGCUACUUCCCGUGUGUGGAGGAGAAUAAUGGUGGUGUCUACACCUGUACCAGAUUAUACCUGUAUUAUGGUCAGAUCUAUAACAAGACCUUUACAGUUCGGCUUAUUGUUGAACCAAAAGAAAAUCUUAUGAUACCAGCGAUCACUUCACCAACCGACGGUGAUGUAGUUUAUGUAGAAUUGGGCUCACCAAAGGUGAUUCACUGUAAAGCUGUUUUGUAUUCAGAACUUGAUGGCAUUUUCUGGUCCAGCGAGAAAUCGUUCAUUGAAAAGAACAGCAGCUUUCCUGUUUUCUACAAUUCCUCGCGGGACACCAAGGGUGAAGAAACAAAGAUGAUAGCAUCUCUCGUCUUCAAAAGUGUUUCAAAAGAGGAUACGUCAAAAAAUUACACCUGCCGACUGGAAUCUGAGUCUAGGUCAAGCAAGGUCACCAUCACUUUGGUCGAAAAACCUGGCGUUUCUUACGUCCCCCUGGCUCUCGGCGUGGUGUGUGUCAUGGUGGUGAUGGUUUCCACACUCGUUCUCUAUGUGAGCUUUAAAAUCACCAUCACUCUUUUCCUGAGAGACACUCUCGGCUGCCAUAGCAGGACUUCAGAUGGUAAAAGCUACGAUGCCUUCUUGAUGUAUUACGAGAGCGACGCAGACGCAGGACUACAUGAAGAAGACAGAAAAUACCUGGAGAGAGUUUUGGAAGAGCGCUUUGGUUACAGCCUCUGUCUCUAUGAACGUGACGUCUUACCGGGCCAAGCUGAAGCGGAGGCAGUGCUGGAGUGCAUAGAGCAGAGUCGCACCGUGGUUUUGGUUCCCACCUCUCCAGAUCCUGGUCCAGGGUCUGGCCUGCUGAUUGCCCUCCAUGAAGCCCUUGUUGAGAGGCAGACUCGCUUGGUUUUCAUCAACACUGACACAACAGAAGAGUUGAAAUGUGGUUUGUUACCGGAGACCUUACAGUUCCUUAGUGAGACUGGAGACUGUGUCACCUGGAAGGGCCAAAGCUCCAUGCAGCCCUCGUCCUCCUUCUGGAAACAGCUCCGUUAUUACCUAGCGGCUCCACAGUAUUCAGCCAAAGCAAGACUUCUCCCUCAGACAGUCUAGGACGCUUUGUCUUGCUAACAUGUCUGACCAAGUCACAACAAAUGGCUUAUAUUAUAUCUGUUUUAGGUGUAUGACUAAAUAAAUAUAUACGACAAAUGCAGUCGAACACAAGACAUUAACUGACCCGCUGAAGAUGGUUAUACUUUAUUUUUACCAUUUAAGUUAGCAUUUCUAUGUAACAUCUUUUAUUAUUAGACUGCCCUCUUUUUUUACUUUGUAGUAUACUGCUGACACAAGCAACAUUUCCUGUCAGCUGCAAAGAUGCAUACUGUAAUUAUUAAGGAAAAAUGCUUUUUGUCAUCAACCUUACAGUGUGUACUCUGACACAUGAACAAUUCUCAUUACAGUUGAGUUGUUGCUUUUUCUAGCGUCUCCUAUACUAAAUUAUUUAUCUUUUAUUUUAAAGAUUUAUAAGGAAGUGUACCACGGGAAUUACUGAAAUACAUUUGUUUUAAUAUCUGUGCUGUCACUGCAUGUACUGUUCCAUAAAAUGUGAAAUCUUGUGAGAUUUUUUAGUGUCUUAAAACGCUCGUGAUUGGCUCAUACUUGUUACGUCUUUAUUCCUAAUGACCAGCAGGGCACGAAUCCACUUCCUCUGUAUUUAGUAUUACAUUAUUAAAUGUCAAAUACCGUUUUCAUGUUAAUUUGUAUUUCAGUUGUGAAUAAUUUGAUUUUGUUAAGUUUGCUUUUUUUUUAUCAAUGUAAUUAAAUAAAAUGUUACUUUCAUGAAUGGAAAACUGGGGUAAAGUGAAUAUAUUGUAUUGCAUUUCAGUGAAAAAUAUGAUGUAAAUAUAAUCCACUGUACAGCAGAGUAAAACUUUGAAUAAAUUGAAUGUCUCUCCA